GUAUACUUGUAUUGAGAGAGAGAGAGAGAGAGAGAUGACGACGAUGGAGAUAAUGGAGAGAGACGCAAUAAAGACGGUGGCUCCUUAUGCUCCGGUGACUUAUCACCGCCGUGUUCGUGGUGACUUGGAUGACAAACUUACUAAGCCUUAUUUGCCGAGAGCACUAGAAGCACCAGACAUGGAUCACCCUCAAGGAACACCAGAUUAUAGGCAUAAUGACCUUAGUGUUCUUCAACAACACGUCGCUUUCUUCGACUUGGAUGAUAAUGGCAUCAUUUAUCCUUCUGAAACCUUCUCUGGGUUCCGGUUACUCGGUUUCAAUUUAUUUGCAUCACUUAUCUUCGCUGCUGGUAUCCACAUAGCUCUUAGCUAUGCCACUCUCCCGGGGUGGUUACCGUCUCCGUUCUUCCCUAUAUAUAUACACAACAUCCACAAGUCAAAACAUGGAAGCGAUUCUAAGACAUAUGACAAUGAAGGAAGGUAUACACCAGCGAAUCUUGAGUUCAUGUUUAGCAAAUACGCGAGGACAGUGCCAGAUAAGCUGAGUCUUGGAGAACUAUGGGACAUGACUCAAGGAAACCGCGAUGCAUAUGACUUUUUUGGCUGGUUAGCGAGCAAGACGGAGUGGGGAGUGCUGUAUGCGUUAGCGAGUGAUGAAGAAGGAUUCUUAUCUAAAGAAGCGAUAAGGAGGUGUUUUGAUGGGAGCUUAUUUUACUAUUGCGCCAACAACUACACCGAGAUCAAGCAACACAAGACCUACUUCACUGAUUAGUGAUUAGUGAGAUGAUAGUAUAAUUGGUUCUUUGUAGUCCAAGGUGACACAAGCACGUACACUUCUGAACGUACAACUUCCUUUUGUAAUUCAAUAAUGAACCGUAAAAGGAUUCUAUAGUAAAUCGAACUGUUUUAUUUUGUUUA